AUGUUCCAGCACUGGUUUCUCAGAGAAGAAAGUAAGCGCAAAGCAGGCCAGAAAGACGAUGCUCAGAGUCUGCUCAAGAAUUUAGAGUCUCAUGUACAGGAUCCCUCGGAAACUGGCUCCCUGUCCAGGAGGAGGAGGAGAGAAGCCCAGAUGUCAAAGGAGGAGGCUGUGGACGAAUGUGACCCAGCUUUCAACAGCAACAUCACAGCAUUUGCUCUGAAGGCAAAAGUCAUCUAUCCCAUCAAUCAGAAGUUCCGGCCCCUGGCCGAUGGUUCCUCCAAUCCUUCCCUGCAUGAAAACUUAAAACAGGCUGUCUUGCCAAACCAGCCAGUGGAGGCUUCCCCCUCCAGCAGCCUGGGGAGCCUGAGCCAGGCCGAGAAGGAGGACUGCAGCUCCUCGUCCAGCAUCCACUCGGCCACCAGCUAUGACAGGUUCCUGAGUCGCACCUUCGUCCGGGCCAACAGCUUCCCCGAGGCGCUGAUCUGUGAGAGUGUGGACCUUGACUUGUGUAUCUAUAACCUUCACUUAAAAGAUCUGCUGCAUCUGGACACGGCGCUGAGGCGGGAGAAGCACAUGAUGUUUAUUCAGAUUUUAAAAAUGUGCCUCCUUGAUCUUCUUCCUAAAAAGAAGUCUGAUGAUGAAUUAUACCAGAGGAUUCUUUCAAAGCAAGAAAAUGACUUGGAGGAAUUAGAAAAGGGACUUCAGGUCAAACUGUCAAACACGGAAAUGUUGGGGGCUGGUGAUUCUGAAUACAUCACUCUGGCAGAUGUGGAAAAGAAGGAGCGAGAAUACUCUGAGCAGCUAAUAGAUAAUAUGGAAGCUUUCUGGAAACAGAUGGAAAACAUCCAGCACUUUCUUAUGGACCAAUUUAAGUGUUCCAGCUCCAAAGCCCAACAGCUCAUGAUGAUGCUCACAGAAAGAAUGAUUGCAGCCGAAGGGUUAUUGCGUGAUUCUCAGGAUUUGCAGGCUCUGGUAUGCUGAAGGGGGCAGGGAAGGAACCUGAAGAUACUCACACUAGGGAUGUGGAAUCCAGAAGCUUGAUGCGCCGUAGAGAUCAAGUCGAACACCUUUAAAUUGUAGAUG